AUGUCUGCCGAUGACAUGAUGAUAUGGAGUGUAAUUUGGGGUCCUGCCGACGAAGACAGACUACAGGUGAACCUAAAGCGGUUGCAGGAGUGGUCAGACCGUUGGCUCCUGCGGUUCAUGGUUGGUAAAUGUAGCACAGUUCGCCUAGGCAACACAGCCAGAUCCGCCAGCACAAGAGACUGCUUUCUGGGCGGUGCAGCCCUGCAAGAGGUCGAAGCCCAAAAGGGCCUCGGUGUGCAUACGACGAACUCUCCAAAACCAUCCGUCGAUUGUUCGGGAGUGGCAAAAAGCUCAAUGUCCGUACCUUACGCCAUCAAGCGUGCGUUUAUAGACUUCGACGAAGACGCUUUCUCAAAGACAUUCGGUACAUUCGUCCAGCCGCAUUUGGAGUACGGCAUACAAGCCUGGAGACCGUUGGCAGUUGAGGAUCAAAACUACCCCGAAGUAGUUCAGAGUAGAGCCACGAAGAUGGUUAAAGGUCAAAGCCCCUUUCCUUAUGCAACCCGCCUCGCAAAUCUGAACCCCUUUCCUUUGAGUUACAGGACACUUCGCGGGGAUCUCUUGCAAGCAUUUCGCAUUGUAAAGGGGUUGGAUUGCGGCCUGGCCUUCGAGGACUUUUGAAUUUGCUACCACGGCCAACCUCCGAGGUCACCCAUUUAAACUGCGCACUCAACAGGCAAGGCUGGAUGUGCGGAAGUUCUCCUUCUCUGUUCGCGUGGUCAAACCAUGGAAUGCCCUUCCCGCAGAUGUUAUGAUGUCACCAUCUAUACAAAGUUUUAAAAAGAACAUGGACAUAUUUAUGUUCCGAACUGACCAAGAGCAAUGAGAAGUCGACCUCAUCCCCUGUAACUCGUUUCCAUUUUGUCUUACAAUUAUAAGCUCGUUUGAUCUAUUUCAGCCCAGAACAUUUUUUGUAUACCACACAUUUUUACGUUGCAAAUACGGUACUCAAAUGUUUGCGUCUAUUUUCCUCAGUAAACUGAACUGAACUGAACUAAAAAUGGAGGUUCGAUGUUACACAUUAACUGGCACUUCGACAGUCGAUAGUUUAACAGGAGCGCACUCGCGACUACAAAAUCAAAGCCGUAAGAGUGAGGACAAAAGUUGAAAAAGGAAGCUCCUCACGCAACUUUUUCGGAUGGUGAUGCCAAAUGGGUGUGCCUUGUCGUAGCUACGUUAAACAGUCACGUCUAUCUUCGUCAUAUUCACAUCAGGCCACAGUGACAAGACGUUACCAGAAGUAACUAAUGCUAACAGUGAUAUAAUCAAGAAACUUGUAAGUUUAUACAAUCAGUGCAUCAGACUGCACCGAAUGUAAACUGAAAAAUUUAAUUUCAAUAGAGCUCACAGGAUAUUCUCGUCAAUAUGCGUAAAAGACGGGGUCCACACAUUCACACAAUAUAAAAUUCAUUCACUGUGCGGAGCGCACAAUGCACUUGGGUUUAUAAACUGAUCGAUCGCAACAUUUUUCCCCCAACUCCAACCAAUCUCAAAAUCUAAAUGUAACUCUAAACCCAAGGGUUACCCCAAUCCUAAAAAUUGAGAGCUACUUAUGUCUAACUCAAACCUAAAACGAACGAUGGGGUGCCCAUAGCCAUCUUUGCAGCACCAAGCUUUUCUCAUACAACCUCAAAACAGAUGAAUGAAACCUAGUAACCAAAAAUUGAAGAAGUCAAUCAAAAGAAAGCAGAGUUCAGAAGGAAGAGACAAGGUUCGGUGAAUGAAAGGGACGUUGUAGAUGGAAAAUACACGCAUAUUAUUGCAAUAUCUAGCUCGUUACCGUCAAUACCUACUGUCACGUAUCCAUUUCUUAGCACGGCAGUUCAACUAAGCGACGCAUGUCAUUACUGACAUAUGCUACUAACUUCAAUAUCUCUCGUUAGCGAUGAGUAUUUUAACGAAGACAAGGGGAGAGAAUAUGAGUUGGCUAGUUGGAUUCAGUUCCCAGGGCUCAAACUGUUUGAAUUUGAUGGAAUAGGUCACUCCCCGUCCUUGUCUCUCAGCUGGUACGUAUUUGUGCCUUUGCGGUUGCUGUUAUAUCGACAAAGGCACUCGUAAUUUUGUAAAAUAUUUACACCUUUGUUUUGGGUUGUUGCACUCAUUUUGAAUUCACUUUACGAUUGACCUUUCCCAGUGCUGUGCACACUUUUCGUUCACCAUUCUAGUACUUGUGAUAAGUCAUCACUGCGAUUUUAUGAACACCAUGGCCAUCAUUUUGCCGUGUUGUAAUUAUUGUACGCAGGGCUCUCGGUCGUCUUUUGUUUCGUUUUUCAAUACGGUCAGAACUCCAUAGUCCGUUGUCAACUUCAGUUCAAUUGUGAAUUUAUCAGCUUUCUGUUUUGUCCCUUCGUCUGACAUUUCUUUAGGUCUCUUAGAUGAUUAAAUACUUCACUUGAAUGCAAUGCCCUCGCGUGUCCUUGGUGAAGGGAAACCUACAUAGCCCUGAGUCUGUAGACUUCGGCUCGGACUUGCAGACCCAGAGGUGUCUAUUUGGUUUCUGAGACAUUUGGGGGGAAAUCUCGGUCGGGACGAAGUGGGCGAUCAUUUUAUAGGCCUGAGUCUGUAGACUUCGGCUCGGACUUGCAGACCCAGAGGUGUCUUUUUGGUUUCUGAGACACUUGGGGGGAAAUCUCGGUCGGGACGAAGUGGGCGAUCAAAUGCUAGAAACCGACAACACAUGCUGUUAAUGCCUACUGACUUGAAAUAGCGCACUUACCGUAGUAUUCUAAGAAAGAUUUUGCUAAAUCUGCUCCACUUACAAAUACCACUAUGUACUUCGGAUGUUAUUUAACUGCGCUGCGCACAUUGCUAGUUGGCGCCUGAUUCGGGGCUGUUUUGCCAGAUUCGUGCCCUAUACAUUGUUUUGGCAGUACAUUGUGAAAUCGAGUUGCCCAUUCUCCCCUCCCGUAAGUGACUAUUUUACUUUGCUGAUUUUUAGCUUACAAAACGUCCUCUGUAUCUUUCAAAAUAAGCUGUCAAAAUUCUGGACAAGGUUGGAAGGCUCGCCAGUACUUGCAUAGACUCGGCGAGCGAAUCUGACGCACCAUUAAAUAAACCAUUUCGAGCGCGUUCGCUCCGGACAUCUGAUACGUCUACUACGAAUCAGAAAUGUCAGUCUCAGUCUGCUGCUUGCUCUCAGCUGACUGCAGGUACAGAAACCAUUCGUAGGGAAGUCCUCUCGUAAGUAGUUUCUCUCCCUUGGACCCUGCUGUAGAAUCUUAAAUAAAGUUACUGCGGAGAAUUUCACCAGCUUAUCUCAGCAUAUUCUAAAUAUACAUGUCGAAUCUCCGGAGGCCCUCGAUCUCAUCGUUCAAUUGGUACGGCCAUUGUAGUGUAAUUGGUUUUAGAUAUUUCAAAAAGCUGCCAAUGAACCGACUUUUGUUUCACUUUAUGCUGAGUUCUGCCUAAUUUUGUCUGAAAAGGCACGUAACUUCGAAGCCGAUAGUCAACACACAGUAAGUAUAAUCGUCCUCCGAUUUCCCAGACUUUUAAAAUACGUCUGCUAAAACGCUGCGAAGAUGAAUUUACCAAAAAGGAUAAGAUCGACCCUUCGGACAGCAGCGCCAGGAGACGCUAUCUCGGAGGAGUGCGCUUUAUCGCGGAGCUUGGACGAAUUGGUACAAUACCCGAAAAGGUUCUUCACGACUGUGUCAAGACUUUAUUGUCUCGAAGGUCUAG